AGGGCUCCGCACACAGCCCGUGUGCAUGGCCCCCGCUCCGGGUACGGGCUCUAACACACGGGAGACACACAACUCGCCCAAAAACCCCUCCGAUUCGGUUCACACAACCCAAGCCGCGGGAGCCGGGUGUCUGUGAGGCCUCUCGGGAGGGGGGGGUGGGGGGGAGCGAGGCAUCUUGCGGCUCGGAGCGGGACAACGAUGCACCAGAGCCGGGGAGACCGCUGCGCACAGGUCGGGGCCGCGCUGCUGUGUUGAAGCGGCACCCAGGAGCGUGUGGCCGGCGGCGGGAGGAGGGAGGGAGGGAGGGAGGGAAGGGGGAGGCGCUGCUCUAUCCUGAGGGGCCGCUGAGCGGCUGCGGCCUAGUCACCGUGCGUGUGUCACCCCCCCCCCCCCCCCCCGCUCAGCUCACGGAGACCCUCCCCCCUUCUCCCCGCUCCCUCCCUCCCUCCGCCCGCACCACCAUCACCAUCAUGGCAGAGGAGCAGCACCAGCCGCCGCCGGAGCGAGAGCCCGAGCAGCAGCUCCGCCGAGCGGAGGGCAGCGGGGCUCUGCCCAGCCUGGUGCCGGGGUUGGCAGAGUCGGAAGCCAGUGCACUGCAGCAGAAGCUGAGGAACUCCAUCUGCAAAACUGUACAAUCAAAAGUGGACUGCAUUUUGCAAGAAGUGAUGAAGUUUACAGACCUAGAAAAACUCUACCUCUACCUUCAGUUGCCUUCUGGUCCCAGCAAUGGAAACAAAAGCAAUCCAAGCUCUUUGUCAUCCAGUCGCACCCAACAAAUGCAUGCAUGUAACUGGAUCCGAAAUCACUUGGAGGACCACCCAGAUACUUCACUGCCCAAACAAGAGGUUUAUGAUGAAUACAAAGGUUAUUGCGACAAUCUUGGAUACAACUCUUUAAGUGCAGCUGAUUUUGGGAAGAUCAUGAAGAACGUCUUUCCAAAUAUGAAGGCCCGGCGUCUAGGCACAAGAGGCAAAUCUAAAUAUUGCUAUAGUGGUCUGAGGAAAAAGGCUUUUGUUCACAUGCCAUCACUACCAAGCCUGGAUUUUCACAAAACUACUGAAGGGUCUGAAGGAUCAGACUGUGCAGGCCACUUGCAGAGCAUUGAUGAAGAGGUCAGAUCUGCGGCUUGCAGUCUGGUUUGUGAGUGGGCCCAGAAAGUAUUAAUCCGCAAAUUCGAUUCGGUGGUUGAUCUAGCUCGUUUCCUUGUUACCAGUCACUAUAUUGGCACUAAAUCCGUGGCUGCGUUGUCUGUGAUGGCCGGUGCACCUUCAGGAGGGAAACAACCAUCUGCUUUUGUGCCUAUGGCUGAAAGCAAUUCUUUUCAGCCUCAGGUGAAGACUUUACUUUCCCCUUCAGUAGAUGCCAAACAACAGUUACAGCGCAAAAUUCAACAAAAUACAUUGAAAAAACAACAAGAACAGAAGCUUCAAUCUCCACUUCCAGCCGAACAACAAGUGAAGAAGAUAGAGGGCUCCACUGUUGGAGGAGUAGCGAACAUUCCCAAUGGAAGCCCUGCUUUGCUUUCUCCACAACCCACCAUUGGCAUAGUGGUGGCAACUGUUCCCAGUCCUAUCCAAAUGCAAAGAAGCCGACAGAUGAUGACAUCACCAAGUCCAUUGGGUCCAUCAGAGAGCAAGGUCCUUCCUUUGAAUGUUCAGGUUGUUGCGCAACAUAUGCAGUCAGUCAAACAGCAGCAGAAGACUAUCCAGAAUAUCCCUGCAAGUCCACAUAAUGAUCGCUCAAGACCUCGUUAUCAUCAAAUCUUGCCUAAACCACCCUCAACCAACACACUUACCCUUACCUCUCCAACCAGGGUACUUUUGGCUAGUAGUAGUCCAAUUAAAACUGUUGUGUCUGGAACUUCCCAUGCGAGCUCUUUGAAUAUGUUAAAGAUGACUACAAUAUCUCUCCCGCCCAGUACUGGUGCAUCUCCCAAACCUACAUCAUCAUCAAGCAACAAUAGUGGAAUAGCAGAGAAAGUAAAAUCUGCACCAAGUGUAAGGGUUGGCUCAACUUCUCUUUCUGCAGUUGGCUCUAAAACAAGUAGUGCCACACUUACACCUACUGCCGAGGUCAUCAAAUCUGAACAGGAAGCAAUAGCAAAUGAUGAAAAGCAGAUUCAGUGCCAAGAUCAUACAAGAAACUUGAAGGAUCCUAGAAGAGUUGCUGGUUCUUCUCCAUCUGGACAGAAAAGUAAUAGUGAAGGUACGGCAAAAGUGAAGAUGUCAAAUGGGAAAAUAUCUACUGAGAAGGCAGCUAAAAUCUGUAAUGGUCAGAAAGCUGAAGGAAAAAAGACCAAAAAUGAAGGCAAGUUUGUACAGAAUGAAAAUCUGGCCAUUUCAGUAGUUGGAAAUAACCAAAAUGCUUUUGCUGUUUCCUCUACUUCAAAUUUGACAAGCACCAGCAUUAAUUCAAAAUCCAAUGCUGAUACUGCCAGGUCUCAUAAAGACAAUGGGAUGUGCCCAAAAAGUCCAAGGAAACGGUCUCCCUCGAAUUCUGUAUCUGAACCACUGGUGCCACCUGUGAAGAAAGCACUGGUUUUAGAACCUACUUUGGAUGGUGCAGAACAUCAGAAGACCUGCUCUGCCACUGCAGCAGUGACACCUCCAAAACUCUCUGCAGGUGUACUAGUAAAAAAUGAGAAAACACCAGGAGUGGUUCAGACACCUAGUAAAAUUACUGUUAAACUGAAUACGACAGGGAUAACCCGUAUAUUAGCCAACCCUUCAACCGAUAUUCAAGUGGUCACCCUGGAUUGCGUUCAGACUGCUACAGAGCAAACGCCCGCCUUUCAGGAAAACAAAACUGCAGACUUGGAAGGGGGCUCAUUUACUUUGCAGGGAAACAACACAAGUACAAAGCUGAUGGCUGAUCAUACUGACAUACAGCAUAUCAAGAAAAACCACCAAUGUUUUUUGACUAAUGCGGAAAGGCAGCCAGCUGUAAAUGCUAGUGUAAUAGAGAAUUCAGGGACCAUUGAUUUUCAAGAAUCUGUGUGGGAGCCAGCACAAUGUAAUGGGUUGGAUCAGCAGUCUUAUGAUCAACAAAUGCACGUUCAAAACCAACUCCAAGGUUCUAAUUCGGUUCAGCUGCAAGGACACAAUCAAAUACAAUUGUCAAACCAAUUACCUCUGCAGGAUAAUUUGAUGGAUCUCACUGCUUCAAGUUCACAAACCAAUGAGAACUACUUUCAGUUUGAUGAUGAUCUCACACAGGAUAGUAUUGUAGAAGAGUUGGUGUUAUUUGAAGAGCAAAUGUCCCUGAAUGUUGAUUAUGGAUCUGGGUUGGGAUUACCCGCUCAUGGUCACUCUGCGGGAAGUCAGAAUACACUGAUGUCAUCUCAUCAAACUGGGCAAUUCUAUCAUCCAAUCCAUAGCAGUGGCACUCCAACCCCAACUCCGACUCCAACACCAACUCCAACACCCAAUCCAACACCUACAUCAGAAAUGAUUGGCUCCCAAACAUGUUCUAGUCCUAGCUCCAGAAUGGCUCAAACUACACCUGUUGAUAGUGCUCUCGGCAGCAGCAGACAUACACCGAUUGGUACACCUCAUUCAAACUGUAGUAGUAGUGUGCCCCCGAGCCCUGUUGAGUGCCGGAACCCUUUUGCUUUUACUCCAAUAAGCUCCAGUCUGGCCUACCAGGAUGCUAGUGUAAUUUCCAGCAGCCCUGUUAAACCAAUGCAAAGGCCAAUGGCCACUCACCCAGACAAAACAAAAAUUGAAUGGAUGAAUAAUGGAUACAACACUGGAAUAAGCAAUUCAGCAGUGUCGACCAGUGGUGUUGGUAUUCUUCCUAGUUAUCAGAAACUCACAGAGGAUCCCUUUAGAAAACCACAUGCCUUUGCAGUUGCUGGACAAACAAUGCAGUCAUAUCACCAUAAUGCUGUGCAGUUACAGCCCAGACAUCAUGAUGCUCAGUUGGGCCGUGUUACUCCAGUUUCACCCAUACCACACCAGGCAGCCUCAGUAGCUAAUGGCAAUAAGCAGGAGGGAUUUGCAGUUCCAGCACCUCUUGACAACAAAGGAGUACAUUCAUUGAUCAAUAAUUUUAGGUGUCGCAGUGUCAGUCCUGCUGUUCGUCAACGUAAUCUUAGCGGAAGCACAGUUGGUCCAGUGAUUAAUCUGCCAAGAACAAGUUUGGCACCUUUUGGAAGUCCAAUGACACCCGAGGUUCACAAUACAUUUGUUAAUAAUAUUUCAGAUAAUAGUGCCAACAGCAUAGCUCAACGAAGCCAGUCUGUCCCCUUGUCUGUGAUGAUGCAGACCACGUUCCCAUCUUACCAGAAGCAAACCAACACUAAAAAAAUUACAAAUGUAUUGUUAAGUAAACUUGAUUCUGAAGGUGAUGAUGCAGUGAGGGGCUUAGGGAUAAACAACUUGCCCUCCAAUUAUACAGCAAGAAUGAAUCUUACUCAGAUACUAGAGACAACAUCUUCUUUUGGUAGUGCCAACCAACAACCAGUGAUUAAUCCAAGCUCUUCUGUCUUUGAAUUCCAGAAGCCAAGUUAUGUAACAAAACACAUCAAUAAUGAUCAGAUGGGUUAUAUUUCUGAGGAUAAUCAAGCACAAACAGAAUCCAGAGUGCAAUCAUUGGAUUUCAAUAGUACAGUCAAAGACUUUCUGGCUGAAGAUAGCCUACAGCCAAACCAGCAAGUGGUUGGUCAAGUAUCAUCAGAUCUAAAUGUUGCCUCUGAUUUCUCCAGUGAUCUCAGGUUACCUGCUGAACUUUCAGGCAGCAUAAAUGAUCUGAGCACUUUAGACACAAAUCUGUUGUUUGACCCAAGUAAACAACAGGGGCAAGAUGUUGAUGCUACACUGGAGGAACUAAAUGAUGAUGCAGUAUUCCAGCAGAUCUGUAAUGAGUCCAUGAAUUCCAUGCAGUCUUCAGGUUUUGACUGGAUGGAAAGUAAAGAUCAUCCUACAGUUGAAAUGUUGGGUUAAGUCAGAGUACUGUUAAAUAUAUAGCACACAUUUCAUUUUCUGAUUCAUUAUAUUUGGCCUAAUAGAUGUGCCUGCCUUAAGAAAAACAUUUGUUCCUGAACAAGUGUAUUCCAGAAAAAAAACGUAACUGUUCUCCAUACUGAAGUUCUAUUAAUCUUGUGUCCAUAAUUUCAUUUUAGGUGCCAGCAUUUGAAUCAUCCUGCAUAGUUUACUGCAGGUACAUCUGUGUGUAUGUGUGUGUUCCAUCCAUUUAUGAAAUUAGGUACAUUUGCAAGCUGGGCUGCUGUCAGUAGGUAGAUUGCUGCAGUAAACUAUAAAUGCAGUUAGAGCCUCUUUGAAAUCAACAGUGCUUAGAUAACUAGAGGUAAGAAGAGGUCCUGCUCAGUUUAGGUCUAUUAGUCCAUUAAAUCAUCUUUUGUGCUCCUGACUUCAACCAUUUGAUUUACUUGCCUGUAAUUUUAGCCCAUCAUCUUUUAAGAUGCAACUUCAUGUUUCUUACUGCUUCAUUGUGGCUCUUUAAAACUAGUCACUGUGAAUGUGAAGACUGUUGUUUGCACAUUAAAAUGAUGAAUGCAAUUUAAUGUUUUAUUGAAUUUUCCAUAACAAGCAGCAAUAUUUAUAGACCUAUUGUUGUGUCUCAACUACAUUUUCUUAUUGGAGGCAUAUAGAACUUGGCAUUAUAUCAGCACUAAAGAACCCCUCCAGUGAUAUCAGUGGGAACUGUGCGAUGCAAUCCUUUUUCAUGAUAUUACUCGAACUAUUUGGCAUUUUACUCUAAAUUUGAUGCCUGAAACUGUCUAUGAAGGAUAAAAUAAUAGCAAAGUCUUGAGAUACAACAAUAAGAAUGCAGAAUUAUCUGUUGUCAGCAGUGUGAUGUUUGCCUUUUAACAUGAAGGCAUUCAGCACCUCAGUGAUUUUGGUAAAGUGUGCAUAUUAGUAUAUAAUGCUAGUUCUUUUCUCCCUUGAGGAGUUUUCAUUAUACAAUCUGUUCAUUCUAAAUUCCCCUAAGGUACUUUAUCAGCAAGGUUAACCUGUGUAAGCAGAUUAACAACGAUGUUAAAAGAGUACAAGCAAGAAUUAAACAUGAACUAGGUUAGGUGGAACUUUGUAUCCUUUGUAUCCUUCCUAAAUGAAUAUACAGUGUUUGGGAAAAAUCAGUUACUACCUCCUCAUGGUAAAAACAAUUAAUACUGGUUUAUUUAAAAAAAAAUUCCUAUUAAAUAUUUUUUACAUAAUUUAAUUUUUACGAGGUUGAUUUAAGAGGUUUCCCCACAGAAAAUAAGAUGUAUGAAAAUAUCCAGAAGUACCUUACUUUUGUCCCAAAUAUAGCACUUGUCAAUGGAAAAGACACUUCUGACAGUUCAACAACACAACAGGCAAAAGAAGUGGGUUGAAAGAAAAGAUGGAAGGGUACUGAUACAAAGGCUUCUUCCUAAUGGGAUUAUUUUCUUUAAAUUUGAUUCACUUUUAAUCUAAUAAAGAGGAUUGAUUUUUAACUGGGCCCUGAUGCAACUUACUUGCCUUUUUAUUUACUGCCUGGCCUUUUGGAGCUUUCUUUUAAAGACUAUACACCUUCCCACAUUGUUUAGUAGUAAAAUGCAAUGUGAUCCUGAAACAAGCUUUAAGUUGAUCCACUUUCUAUUCUGACUUGGCCAUUCUCACCUAAUGCAAGGUCAGUCACCUUCAAUAGUCUUUUUCUGUAGCUUAUCAUCAAAACUUAGAAGUGAGGGGAGAAUUCUGAUUUGUGUAAAGACUUACCCAUGUGAAGGAGUAAACCAAACUAGACAGGAUGGUUGGCCUGUUUUACUAAAAAUCAUGCAAUUCAUUGAAGAGCUUGGAACUUCCUAUCUGGAAGUGAUGUGAUUUUUAGAAGCAACAUGGAUAAAAAUAUGUAAUUAAGAAAACAUUUCAGAUGGAAGUGUGAAACCAUACAGACAUUGGUUUUGUGGAUUGCGCUUUUAGUGAACUGGUGCAGGCACAAUGUAAAAUGUGCUUCUAUUGGGUGAGUAUUGAAUUAGUUUCAGAAUCCUUGAAUUGUGACUGUUAUAACUGCAAUUUAUCACUGACUCCUAUUGGAGAACUGAAUAUUUUUAAGUGUUCUUACCAACAAAACUGAGAGUGGCUGUUUCAGCACAAAUAAGUACCCUGAAUCCAAAAUUUGCUUGAUUUUGUACAGUUCAGUGCCACAUUCAGAAUUAAAUUCACUCAUCCACAAUUUCACAUAUCUGUGACCACAAGAGGGUGCUCCAUUUUAUGCUGCCCAUACUUUCAAGUUUAUAUUCCAAGAGAAGCCUUCCGAGAAAUUAUCCCAUUGUAAAUUAUAGGAAAUGCAAUCAUAAUUUCAAAAUCAGUAAUGUAAGAGAUGGCUUGAACUGAAUUUUGUCUCCUUUGACUGUUAAGGGUAACCAUAACGAUAGUCUGACACUUGAUAAUAUCCAGGUUGUAACUGGAAUUUGCCUGUUUAUCUCAUUGUCAAGGGGCAGUUAUAAUUGUACUAUCGUGAAAUUUUGUCUAUUGGCUAUCCUCAAUUUUUUUAAAUAACUGGAUUGUCUGUGAUGAUAUGCAUCCUAUGUUCUUCAUUUAAACUAACCCUUCUCAAAUGUAUUAAUAUUCAUUCCAGUUGCAGAGCUAAAUUGUUGAUCAUGAAGAGUCUAACUGUGGAGGUCAGAAAUAUUAACCAGUGGAAAAAUGUCAUACUUCCAGUGCAUUUCAAACCUCCAUUCGAAAAGCUUGGACAACUGGUUAGUGGGGAAAGAUGUAGUACAGGAAUCGUCUUGGUCUACCUUUUUGUCUUUUGUGAGAUUUAAUACAAAUUCUUAUAAUUGGGUAAAAAGCACAUUGCAAGACCAUUUCAUUUCUGAAACUUUUUCUUCAUCUGUACUUGGUUGGAAUCAUGAAUUAACAAAGUAGCCAAGUUAUAGGGUCUGGAAGUGCAGCAGUUAAGUUACUGGAUCAGCUGCCAGAGUUGUUGACUGUUGAUCCAGAGACACUAGUUUGAAUCCCACCACAGAGGCUGGGAACUUUAAUUCAAGUAAUGAAAUAAAUCUGGAAUUACAGCUGGUUUCAGAAACGGUAAUCUUGAGACUGCUGGAUUGCCAUUAAAAACUUGUGUGGUUCAUUCAUAUCCUUCAGAUUAACACAAUAACAUUUACGCUGUGAAUAAUUAAAAGUUAUUGAUUAAAUUUGUCUACGUCCCAUGAAAAAUAGAAGAAAGAAAGUUAGUAAUUAAAUUUCAGAAAUAAUGAAAAGAUGUAAAAUUAAGGGAUUUUUUUGGGUUCCUAUUACUGUGUUAUCAUCUUUGCCUUCAUUCCCAGAUGUACUUCUCCAGCCAAGCCAGGCAUCACACUUUUUUUUGCUAACAGCAAAGCUGAGAAACAGGAUCUGGUUUUAAAUCUACAGCCAGUUUCUCAUGAGCACUGAUGUAGAAUUUGAAAUAUCUUGCAUUUAACCAUUCACUGGUGUAUUUCUGAAGGGAGACUUAAAUGUCUUAUCUCUGUAAUUUCAUCUUUAAAAUAAGGGAUGGAACAAAAGAAUUAACUGCUAUUGUAUACACAAUAUGUGAAAACUGCUUAUUCUUGUUUUCAAUGGAUCACCAGACUUUCUUUGUAUUACUUUCCUGAUGUCUGCACUGCAAAAAAUUCCCAGGUUGUCAACAUUUCAGUGUUUUAAAGUUAUAUUUCUAUUUGAUACUAUUAAUUAUAUUAAUUCUUGAGAGUUUUUGUCCCUUAACCUGCUGAUACCUGUCUUUCAGGUGCACAGUCAACCCAUAGGCCUCAGUUGUUCAUAACCUAACAUUACAUUGCUAAACAAGUUAUUUUAAGUUGACCAGUUGAUUCACCCUAAGUCAAAAAAUAUUUUGUAGGAUGGCCAAUAAGAGCAUACAAACAUGCAUAAAAUCACAGUUCUAGUAUUUAAAUUUCAUUAAUGUAUACAAAAAUUCAUCUGUCAGAAAUGCCUGUACCCUAUCCAAAUGAUAAUUAUUGGCCUUUGAAAAUGAUUAGCUGAGUAGAUAAUUGAAUGGGAUCAGAUGCAGCAGUGUUUUUGCUGCUGUCCAAUUUUAUAAUUCUGUCCAAUUUUUAAGACAUUUUAAGUGUUUUCUAGAGGAUUCUAAAAGUGGCCUGCAUGUGUGGUUUAACAAAUGGGUGAAUUAAAAGGCUCAUGAAAAUAUUUGACAUUUUAAAUUUGUAUUUCUGUGUCUUUCCCCUAGUUAUUUAAGAUUACUUUUAAUAAAUGCACUUAAAAAGAGCUUUUCACUUGGGUAGUCUCUCAAGUUGAUCUUUUGAUUUGUUAUUUUAAUACUGACAUAUUACCUUCAGAUUGUAGUGGAAAUACUGGUCCAUUGGACCAAAAUCAGUCAGCAGAGCACAGAUGGACUUGGUCUAGCCGAAACAGCGCUGAACUUAACAUUGCAUAGUUUUCAGCAAAAGAUUUAUACAUAGGUUUGCACCUUAAGUAUAAUUGGAGAUGCUUUUAAUAGAGGUAUGUCUUCAAUUCUGAGUUCAGUGGACAUUCUUGAUCAUAUUUUGCACUAGAUGUCUAAAGGGAGUUUCUGGCCUGGCACAUCUCUUAGGACAAAUGGUAAUUGUUACACAACUAAGUUUUCAUUUGAAUUGAUUUUAGAAAGUGAGUCUCUACAUAAGGUGAAAUGUCAUUGCAAAAUGACAUUUUGAUUUUUAUGUAGCAAUGUACAUUGAUCUCAAUGAGAUAAUUGUUUUACUUAAUUCUCUUGUACGAGAAUAUUAAAACGAUGAAAAUUUAAAGUUCAAUUUUUCUUCACCAUGUUAAUAAAUGAUCACAAGUGUGUAUGUGUGUUGAAUUAUAUUGUACAGUGCUAGUUAUAUUCCAGUAACCACUUUUUGCUGAAAUGAAUCUGGUUCUUUAAUGGCCAGGGAUGCUCAAUUAUACACAUUACAAGUUACGUACCUUUUCUGAAGUUUACUAAUUAACCUUGGAAACAUUGAAUAUAUUAUCAAUUUUGUUCAAUUGAUUUGGGGAAUUAGUAUUUGGUAAACUAUUGUGGAAGAAGGUGCUACAGUAAUUUGCUAUACAUAUAUUUUUGCAAAAUAAAUUGCCAUUAAUGUGAGCUGAUUGAAAAUGAUUUGGUUUCAGCAAUCAUAACUAAUACACAUCAAGUGAAACUACAAACAAUGAACCCCAAAUCCUUAUGACAUCACAAGGUAAUGCUGGCCUGUACUACAAUUUUUAUUUAGUGUAGAUUUUUUUUAAUGGUAUUUGUGUGUUGUACUGCUGAAAAACAAAAUCAGUAGUGCAGUAAUGUUGGAGUAGCAUUUCAGCUUAGCUUUUUUUUCUUAUUGAUGAAAGUGCUCACAGAUAUUGUUGAAGUUUUGUAAAUGGUUUCAAAAACCAAUAAAAAAAUUUUGUACCA